UUGUGAACCUUAUCUAAGCAUGGGCAAAUCAGUCAUAAAUAUCUUCCACAACUUGCUUUUAUUACAUGUAGUAGUUGCGUACUUUAAUAUUCAGCCGCUAAUUCAAUUCCUAGUUUCCUACAAUAACACCCCCAAAAAGUUGCUCCAUCAUUUCCCGCUAUUCACUUCCCUAAAAUCAAAAUUUUAUUUAAAAAAUAAAAUAAAAACGGUUGGCAACAUCAUCUUCAACCAUCCAUGUCUUCCUUCUUCUGCUAAAUUUCCCCACAAAAAAAAAAAAAAAAAAAUCACGAGUGAAAUACCCAACUAACUCUGCAAAACCCUAAUUUCUGAAUUGUGAUCAUUUUUUUUUCCUAAAAAGGGGCAAAUUUUGGGAUUUAUAAUUGCAAUUCACAGGAUUCUUACUUUAAUCUUCAAUUACCCUUUUCAAAUUUCACGUGAUUUCAUAUCUUCGACACGUACCCCUUUUUCUAACAAAAUUUCCCCUUUUUUUAAUUUUUCUUUUGGGAGUUAUUAUUAUUAUUAUUAUGAUGAAGAAGAUGAUGAAAAUGGUAGUAUAUUGUUUUUUCGUAUAGUUGGAAAUUUGGGAAGAGAGAGAAAGUAAAAAUGGAUCGGACGGCGGCGGGUGGCGGCGGCGGAGGAGGAGUGAAUUUGAGUGCGGAUUUGCCGAUAAUGCAUAACAGUGAUCGUUAUGAAUUGGUGAAAGAUAUUGGGUCGGGUAAUUUUGGGGUUGCUAGGUUGAUGAGAGAUAAAACUACUAAUGAACUCGUUGCUGUUAAAUAUAUCGAGCGAGGUGAGAAGAUAGAUGAGAAUGUGCAGAGAGAAAUUAUUAAUCAUAGGUCAUUGAGACAUCCCAACAUUGUCAGAUUCAAGGAGGUUAUAUUGACUCCUACACAUUUGGCUAUCGUUAUGGAGUAUGCUUCGGGUGGAGAGCUGUUUGAACGUAUUUGUAAUGCUGGACGGUUCAGUGAGGAUGAGGCACGUUUCUUCUUUCAACAGUUGAUAUCCGGUGUCAGCUACUGUCAUUCAAUGCAAGUUUGCCAUCGAGACUUAAAGUUGGAGAAUACGUUAUUGGAUGGAAGUCCAGUUCCGCGCUUGAAGAUAUGUGAUUUUGGGUACUCUAAGUCCUCUGUUCUGCAUUCUCAACCCAAAUCAACUGUUGGGACUCCAGCUUAUAUUGCACCUGAGGUCUUACUCAAGAAAGAAUAUGAUGGCAAGAUUGCAGAUGUGUGGUCUUGUGGGGUAACUUUGUAUGUAAUGUUGGUUGGGGCUUACCCUUUUGAGGACCCUGAGGAACCCAAAAAUUUUCGCAAAACAAUACAUCGAAUUUUAAAUGUCCAAUACUCUAUUCCUGACUAUGUACAUAUAUCUCCAGAAUGUCAACAUCUGCUUUCAAGGAUAUUUGUUGCUGAUCCGGCAAAGAGAAUUACCAUUCCGGAAAUAAAGCAGCAUGAGUGGUUUCUGAAGGACCUUCCAGCAGAUCUCACUGAUGAGAACGCUGCAAAUAAUCAGUAUGAAGAGCCAGAUCAGCCUAUGCAAAGUAUUGAUGAGAUCAUGCAGAUUAUUUCAGAGGCAACUAUUCCUGCAGCUGGAUCCCAAAGUCUAAACAAGUAUUUAACUGGCAGCUUGGACAUUGAUGAUGAUAUGGAAGACGAUCUAGAAUCGGAUCCAGAGCUUGACCUAGAUAGUAGUGGAGAGAUUGUAUAUGCUGUUUGAUGAAGUAUAUCAGCUAUAAAAUGGGUUGGAAUCAAUCCCAAAGAAGCUCGAUUGUGAACAAGUGAUGGAUUUUCGGAGGGGGAGAACCAAAAGAAAGCUUUAGUUCUCUCUUAUUCAUGUCAUGAUGUUUAUAUAAACUUUGUUUUGCUACACCUUAUGGUAUGCAAAACUUUGUAACUCUUCACAACAAUGGGUUGUUGUAACAUUAUUUGACGCUUGUGUUUUCCAUUUGUAAAUUAAACAAAAUCAGGUGCUAUAAAUUAAAGAGUGAUUAAUCGAUCUUCGAUUUCUUCCUC